AUGAUCAACUCCGUUGCUCUUCUGGCGCUUGCCAGCCCGGCCUUUGCCGGUAUCAUGCAGGCUCGUGGCGAGGAGUUUAUCCGUCCCGCCGCUCAGAGCUCUGCUGCUGUUGCUGCCCCUGGCCAGGCUGAGGGCUGGGGCGAGAGCUGGUCCAAGCCGGCCGAGCACGUCUCGACUCACGACUCCUGGGGCGAGUCCACUGAGUCCACUGAGUCGUGGACCACCCCGUGCACCACCUCGACCACCACCACCCCGGUGCACGAGCACACCACCACCCCGGUGCAUGAGCACACCACCACCCCGGUGCAUGAGCACUCCACCACCCCGGUGCCUGAGCACUCCACCACCCCGUGCACCACCUCGACCACCCCGGUCCACGAGCACACCACUACCCCGGUGCCGGAGCAUACCACCACCACCCCGGUGCACGGAAACACCACCACUCCUUGCACCACCUCGACCACCCCGGUGCACGAGCACACCACUACCCCGGUGCCGGUGCAUACCACCACCACCCCGGUGCACGGAAACACCACCACUCCGUGCACCACCUCGACCACCCCGGUGGCUGAGCACACCACCAUCCCGGUGCACAAUACCACCACCCCGGUGCACGAGCACACCACCACUCCCCACGUCCCCGUGAACCCUGGUACCACCAAGACGCUCACCUUCGUGACCACCACCUGCCCUGUCACCUCGUCUACGAUCACCUCUGGCUCUAAGACCUGGACCGUCCCCGUCACCGGAACAAGCACCAUCACCAUCACCAAGACUACUGUCUGCACUAUGUGUGAGAACGAGAAGCCUCUGACCUUCUACAAUGCCACUGUUCCCGCCACCGGAGGCCCCACCGCAGGCCCUACCGCCCCCAUUCUGAAGCCCACCGGAGAGGUUGUGGUUCCCCAGAAGCCCGGUCACUCCACGUCCGCUCACAGCUACCCUGUUGAGACCAAGCCCGCCGAGACCAAGCCCGUUGGAACCCAGCCCAUUGGAACCCAGCCCAUUGGAACCCAGCCCGUCGCGACCAAGCCUGCUGAGACCAAGCCCGUCGAGAGCCACCCUGCCGAGACCAAGCCCGCUGAGACCAAGCCUGUCGUCCCCGGCGAGACCAAGCCUGCUGUCCCUGUUGUCCCUGUUGUCCCUGCUGAGUCUAAGCCCGGUGUUCCCGCUGAGACUAAGCCCGCUGUCCCCGGUGUCCCUGCUGAGACCAAGCCCGGUGUUCCCGCUGAGACCAAGCCCGCUAUCCCCGGUGUCCCUGCUGAGUCCAAGCCCGGUGUUCCCGCUGAGACCAAGCCCGCUGUCCCCGGUGUCCCUGCUGAGACCAAGCCCGGUGUUCCCGCUGAGACCAAGCCUGCUGUCCCCGGUGUCCCUGCUGAGUCCAAGCCCGGUGUUCCCGCUGAGACCAAGCCCGCUGUCCCCGGUGUCCCUGCUGAGUCCAAGCCCGGUGUUCCCGCUGAGACCAAGCCCGCUGUCCCCGGUGUCCCUGCCGAGUCCAAGCCCGGUGUUCCCGCUGAGACCAAGCCCGCUGUCCCCGGUGUCCCUGCCGAGUCUAAGCCCGGUGUUCCCGCUCAGACCAAGCCCGCUGUCCCCGGUGUCCCUGCCGAGUCCAAGCCCGGUGUUCCCGCUCAGACCAAGCCCGCUGUCCCCGGUGUCCCUGCUGAGUCCAAGCCCGGUGUCCCCGCUCAGACCAAGCCCGCUGUCCCCGGUGUCCCUGCCGAGUCCAAGCCCGGUGUUCCCGCUGAGACCAAGCCCGCUGUCCCCGGUGUCCCUGCCGAGUCCAAGCCCGGUGUCCCUGCUGCCUCCAAGCCCGCCGUCCCUGCUCAGUCCCAGCCCGCUGUCUCCAAGCCCGCCCACAGCGAGCCUGCUGCCCCCAAGGAGACCCAGCCCGCUGCCCACCCCUCCACCCCCGAGGAGCAGCCCUCUACCCCCGAGCAGCACGGUGCUUCUCCUUCUUCCAACGAGUUCACCGGUGCCGCCUCCAGCGUCAAGCCCGCUGUCGGCCUCCUUGCCGGUGUUGUUGCCCUCAUGGCUCUUCUGUAA